AUGGGACCCUGCACAGCGGGAGAUGCGUACACCAAAAGGUUUGAUGAUGCCAUCAUCGACCUGCCACGGAAGUACAAAUGCAUCGACGACACACUCCUCUAUGACACAGGUGUGGAGGAGGCCUUUUGGCAUGUCUACGAAUUUUUGGAAGUGUGUGCCAAGGCUGGAAUGACACUGAAGCCAGAGAAGUUUCGCUUCUGCCAGAGGGAGGUUGACUUUGUUGGUUACCACCUGGACUGGGACACAUACAGGCCAACUGAAGAGCACCUUACAGCUAUCAAGGACUUUAGGAUGCCAGAAAAGCCAUCCAUCACAAAUGUGCUCGUGGUUUGGCUUUGUAAACUAAUUGGCGCCUUUCCUGGCUACUGCUCCACUCAUGUCCCCCUUCAAAGAUCUGCUAAAGAAGCCAACAUGGACUGGUGCAAGGAUGGCAUUGGGUUUGUGGUGAUGCAGCAGUACUGUUCAUGUCCAAAAGCCACCGCUCCACUCUGCUGCAAGGGAGGCUGGCGCUUGGCACUUUGUGGCAGCCGGCACCUCACCCCGGCCGAGACAGGGUAUGCGCCAAUGGAGGGAGAGGCCUUGGCAGUAGCAUGGUGCCUGCAUAAGGCCCGGCUUUUCUUCUGGGGGAAACACAAUGCAGCAGCCAACUUCCUAUCCAGGUAUCCUGUAGCCAAAUGUACUCCAGAUGAGAUGGAUGAAGAUCAAGAUGUUGAUAUCACUGCAGUCAUUUCAGCAGCUACUGUGGCUGCCCUUGACCUGAGUGGGUGCGCCACCAUUGACGAAGAAAUGGUGUUGCAGGUGGCACUUGAAGACCCCACCUACCAGUCUCUGGUAUCGAGGGUGAGCAGUGGCGACUGGCGGCCCCACAAGUCACAGGAACCUGCCUGCUUGCGGCCCUUCUACGGCGUAUGGGACAGACUGGCGGUGUCCCGUGGCCUAGUUACCUAUACCUACGGCCUGGGAUAUGUACAACUUGUCAUCCUCGAGGCUUUACGUCAACGAGUAGCAGCCAGCCUUCACACCAGCCAUCAAGGGGUUGACUCCAUGCUGAGGAGGGCCAGGCAGGCAGUGUAUUGGCCUGGGAUGGAGGGUGACCUGCAGUAUCAUCGGGCUACAUGCAACUCCUGUAACAUCAGCGUGCCCUCACAACCACCUGAGCCACUCAUUCUCACGCCACCCCCCGACUACCUCUUUCAGCAGACAGUGGCAGACCUCUUACAGCUUGGAGGUCAAACCUAUCUAGUUUACGCUGACCGGCUCACUGGUUGGCUGGAGGUCGCACACCUACCUUCGGGUGCCUCUUCCGGCAAAAUCAUGAAGCAUCUGAGGGAUAUUUUCUCCAGGUGGGGAGCCCCAAAGCGGCUCUCCACUGAUGGAGCGGAGGCUGCUGUAAAAACAGCCAAGCAGAUUCUGCGGGACAACACAGGGCCCAGCGGCAGCCUAGAUAAUGACAAAGUGUCCCUAGCUCUCCUCCAAUAUUUCAACACCCUGCUGCGGAAAGGGAACAUAUCCCCCGCACAACUAACAACAGGCAGACAGCUGCGAGAUGGAGUCCCCACAGCCAAGCAGAACUACAGAGUCAAUCAGGAGUGGCAGCAGACCCUGGAACAGAGGGAGAUUCAGAUGGCCCAACGUCACAAAGAGAUAAGAUGGCAGAGCGCGGGCCAGCACCGUCGACGACGCCACCUGCUGCCGGGAGCCCGUGUUUGGGUCCAGGACCACACUACCAAGGCAUGGAGCAAGUCUGGUACUGUAGUUGAGGUCCACCCAUACCGCCAGUAUGCAGUGAGGAUGGACGGAAGUGGUCGCAUAUCACUGCGGACACGUGGCCACUUGAAAGAGCCACCUUCCCCCGGAGGCGUGCCUGAGGUGCAAUCACCGACCCCGACUACAGAGUCAAUCAGGAGUGGCAGCAGACCCUGGAACAGAGGGAGAUUCAGAUGGCCCAACGUCACGAAGAGAUAA